AAGUCGAACCCAGCCGAGCCGAAUCCAGCCGAGCCGGACCGAGUCGAGGCGGACCGAGCUGAACCGAACCCAGCCGAGCCGAGCCGAGCCGGGCCAAGCCGGACCGAGCGAAACCCAGCCGAGGUGGACAGAGCCGAGCCGAACUGAGCUGUGCCUGAGUCGGACCGAGCCGAGCGGUGCCGGACCAAGCCGAGCUGAACUGAGCCGAGCCGGACAGAGCCGAACCGAGAUGAACUGAGCCAAGCCGAGCCGGACAGAGCCGAACCGAGCCAAGCCGCUCUGCCUCUCACUCAUGGCGGUCCUCGGCCGCACGCAUGUCCCGAUCCCGGCCCCGGUCCCGGCACGGAGUGACCGUUGAGCGCUGCGGCCCGGCCCGGCGUCCAGUUUGUAGAGACAUGCUUAACGGAAGCCGAAAAUACAGCCCUUCCUCGCCGGCCUCCCGGGCAUCCUCCUCCUCCUCCUCCUCGCCAGCGGCGGCUCUGCAGAGAUCCCCGCGGGCCCUGGACCGCCACGGCUCGCUGCUCUCCCAGUACGGCGCCUUGCUGGAGAGCUACACGGAGGGCGAGCUGCGGCGGCUCCUGGGCGCCCUGGCGGCGGGGGCUCUGCGGGCGGGCGGGCGAGCCAAGCGGGCGCGCGGCCGCCGCAAGCCCUGCGCCCUGCGCCAGCUGGAGGUGAGCGUAAGCGAGCUGGGCCUGGGCUACGAGUCGGACGAGACGGUGCUUUUUCGCUACUGCAGCGGCACCUGUGAGGCCGCCGUGCGCAGCUACGACCUGUCGCUGCGGAGCAUGCGGAGCAGCCGGCGCAUCCGGCGCGAGAAGGUGCGGGCCCGGCCCUGCUGCCGGCCGCUGGCCUACGACGACGACGUCUCCUUCUUGGACGCCUACAACCGCUACUACACCGUCAACGAGCUCUCAGCCAAGGAGUGCGGCUGCGUGUGACAGGCACGGGCAGAGCUCGGCCGGCGUCAAGCGACAGGACGAGCCGGGCCACGGGA